AUGAUUGUUUUGGAUUGGCUUGCUAAAUUACUUAAGCUUCCUGACAAUUUCCUUUCAACAGGGCAAGGUGGUGGGGUAAUACAGGGCACAGCAAGUGAAGCUGUUCUAGUUGUACUACUGGCUGCCCGUGAAAAAAAAGCCUGCCAGAUAGGAGGAAUUUAUCCAGAGAACUGUCGGGUGCUCAAAACAGAUUCUUCCACUGAAUAUGCUCUUUCUCCAGAUGCACUCAAUGAAGCAAUUGCAUGUGACAUUGCCACGGGUUUAAUCCCCUUUUUCUUAUGUGCUACUGUUGGUACUACUUCAUCUACAGCUGUGGAUCCUCUGCUUGCACUGGGAAAGAUUACUAAGAGUUAUGGAAUCUGGUUUCAUGUGGAUGCUGCAUAUGCUGGAAGUGCUUGUAUAUGCCCUGAAUUUCGCCAUUAUAUUGAUGGUGUUGAAGAAGCUGACUCAUUUAACAUGAACGCUCAUAAAUGGUUUCUAACUAACUUUGAUUGUUCAGCGCUCUGGGUUAAGGAUCGAAAUGCGCUGAUUCAUUCACUGUCAACAAAUCCUGAGUUUCUUAAAAACAAGGCUUCUGAAGGAAAUAUGGUUGUGGAUUACAAAGAUUGGCAAAUUCCUCUUGGACGCAGGUUCAGAUCAUUGAAACUAUGGAUGGUAUUACGACUAUAUGGUUUGCAAAAUCUGCAGUCUUACAUAAGAAACCACAUUGAAUUGGCUAAACAGUUUGAAGAACUUGUUGCUCAAGACCCUCGAUUUGAGGUUUUUGCCCCCAGGAAGUUUUCUUUGGUUUGCUUUCGCCUUGUGCCUCCUCAUAAUGAUAAAGAUUGUGCCAACAAACUGAACCACGACCUAUUGGAUGCUGUUAACUCAACUGGAAAAAUCUUCAUUUCCCACACAGUUUUAUCUGGCACAUACGUACUACGCGUAGCAGUAGGAGCUCCAUUGACAGAAAAGAGGCAUGUAAUUGCAGCGUGGAAGGUUUUGCAAGAUGAGGCCUCUGCCUUGUUAUGUUGUGGUUAG